AUGUCUUCCACCGGUGGUCCAGGACAAGCUGGCCCACCACAACAUGCGCCGUAUGCGCCUCGUUUCAUCGGCCUGGGCGGUAUGCCCGCGAAAAUCCCAGACAUACCAAUAACUUCAGUCUUCCUGUUCCUGUAUCUCAUCUUCGCUGUAAUCCACAUCAAGAUCAUGAAAUACAACAAACACCGAGGACACAAGUUCAUAUUCAACGGAGCGCUAUUCGGAUUCUGCAAGGUUCGAUUGAUUACCAUGUCCAUGAGAAUAGCCUGGGCAUGCUAUCCGAGCAAUACCAGCCUGGGGAUUGCAGCACAAGUCUUCGUAUACGUUGGAACGAUCAUUCUCUACCUUUGUAACUGGUUCUUCACCCAACGCGUUAUCCGAGCCCAGCAUCCGCACAUUGGAUGGUCGACUCCCUACCGGAUCCUGCAUCGCGGCAGUAUGAUCACACUCAUCCUUGCGUUGCUCAUGAUUAUCGUGGCUUCCAUCCAGCAAUUCUUCACCUUGGACCCCACUAUACUUCGAAUUGAUCGGGAUCUGCAGCUUGCGGCAUUCACAUAUUUCGGCGCAUUUACUCUUGCACCACUUGUUAUGUUACUUAUAUCCUUCGUCAUACCCCGUAGGGGUACGGAGAAGUUUGGUGCCGGCCGUCUAAGGAACGCUAUCGCUGUGCUCUUCAUUGGGAGUUCAAUUUUGGCUCUUGGUCAGUGCUUCCGUACCAUUACCGGGUCGUUCCCAGAGAUUCCGCUCCGCACUGCUCAAGGUCAGUACAACGCAAUUCCAUGGUACUUUUCCAAGGCCAGCUUUUAUUGCUUCAACUUCCUGACCGAACUUCUGGUCGUCAUCUUCUACGCUAUCAUGCGUGUCGACCUUCGCUUCUAUGUUCCUGAUGGGGCGAAAAAGCCAGGAGAUUAUAGAGCAUACCGCGAGAGCCACUAUAAUGUGGACGUUAUUGGCAACGAGACCAGACUCAAGCGUCACUCCGGGCCUACCGGAAGUGCCAACUCUGUCAACUCAAAUGAGACCCUGCAUGUGUACGGGGCUUCUAUCUUCGAAGAUACACGCACUUUAGCAGACUCACUCCGCUUCCAGUCAUCCGUAAUGGAGAUCGAUGAUAAGACCGGUCACUGGAAGAUCAAACGCCCGUCGUACUCGAACGAUGGUUCGAUCAGAAGCAGUUCGCGGCCCUCGAACAGGUCACAGUCUUCGCUUUGGGAUCCCACCCGAGCUACGUUGAUGAACGACAUGCCUCCAGUUCCUUCUAUGCCCCAACCUGGGGACUGGCCUCUGCGCGAAUCGCAACUCCACCUUGGUCAAGUGCCGGUCAAGGAGCAUCUCCGCUCUCGAUCGAGUAGUUCGCCUCACAGAGCGUCCCGUUUGCGUUCCGCAAAUAUCGCGCACACUCCGGAAAUCGAGAAGAGCGAUGCUAUUGAUAUGGCCAUCAAACAGCUCGAGGGGCACGCACCACCGGAGUACGACUUCGUUGCCCUGCCAGCCCCGAAGAAGGUAUAUCAACCAGGCACCGAUAUCCCUAAGAAACAUACAUACAAACCAGCGGCUCCGGGCGCAAACAUUGUUCGCAAGAAGGAGCACAGGCUUAAUUGUCCCCUAGGUUUCGACAUUACUUGUUCUACUACCUCGCCGGUAAGCACCUAUACCACGGGGAAAUCAGAUCUCCCUGCAAAGAAGGAUCAUUCUGCGCCAGCCGCGAUCACAUCACCGCGGAGGCAGCCGUCGUUGACCUACAGUGAUGGGAACACCACUAGUAUCAAUACGGAAGCAGCAGAGCGUGAGUUCGCAAGGUUUAGUUUCGAGGCAUCGCCCAGAGACGCGAGUGUUGAGUAG